AUGGCGGGCGCGCUCUACCCGCCACCAGGCCUUGUGGCGGAACUGGACUCCUCCCUGUCGCUGCUGGAGGUGCGCGGCGGGCGGGUGCCGCCACCGGCGGUAGAGGAGGAGCAGCAGCCGCAGCAGCAGCGGACGGGCGCGGAGAACGCAGACCUGCUGCCCAUGGUGUUCCUCUGUGCCGGCUGCAAGCGGCCGGUGGGCGACACGCUGAGCUGGGUGACCAACGACGAGGAGGCGGGCUGCAUCCUGCUGCGCAGUGCGGCCGCCAGCGUCUCGGUGGACGAGGAGCGGAAGCUCUCCAAGCGGCCCGGCGAGUGCGGAUGCAUGAUUGAAACAUUAUUCUGCUCUGGCUGCUCAAUGACACUUGGCAACAUCUAUAGAUGCACCCCAAAGCAUCUCGACUACAAGAGGGAUUUGUUCUGUUUCAGUGUUGACUCAAUUGAAAGUUACAUUCUAGGAUCCUCAGAAAAGCAAGCUCUUACUGAUGAGGAACCUUUAACUCUUGAAAGUCGAGCUGUCUUGGAAGAGGUGCUACAAAGGGCAAACACCGUAUUAAAGGCUCUGGAGACAAGACUGACUGCUGUUGAGUCGAGUAUGGCUUCUCUUCACAAUAAAGUCUGAAAGAAGUUACAUGCAGGAAGUUUAACUGCAGGAGAACGGUGUACGUGAAACUUGUCCUUGCAAUCCUCUGGAAUCUGUGGGAACACUGCAAAAGCUGUGCAAAGAACUGAAAGACAUUGGUGGCUCAUGGUGCGGUAGAACAAUGCUGACUAGGAGUCUUCACUGUAGACAAAGAAUUCCCCUCUUUUCUGUUAAAAGGAUAACCCAGAAAGAAAUAGAAUUUUUAAAUCAAGUUUCUGUAGACUUUUGGUUUAUAUGUGAAUAUUUAUUUAAAUUUUUAUCUCUGACAGCAAAGCAUUUAUCUCCUGACUUCCCUGCUAUUCAGUAUCUACUUUACUGGGUGUGCUUCUCCUUCCUAAACCAA